CUAUAUGAUCCUAUAUAACCCCAUAUAGGAUGUGUUCCUGAUGAUCCGCCGCCAUAAGACGACCAUAUUUACCGAUGCCAAGGAGUCCAGCACCGUGUUGGAGCUCAAAAGGAUCGUGGAAGGGAUCCUAAAACGGCCCCCGGAGGAACAGAGGCUCUAUAAGGACGAGCAGCUGUUGGACGACUCGAAGACGUUGGGGGACUGUGGGUUCACCAGCCAAACAGCCAGACCUCAGGCACCCGCCACCGUGGGGCUGGCGCUGCGCAACGCGGACGAGUGUUUUGAAGCUCUUCGGCAUCGACUGGCUCUUUUUGCCAGCCCCCCGAACUCCAUGUGA